GUCUCCCCAGGGUUCUUCCCCUUCCAUUUCUGAUUAUGCUGUGAAUAUAUUUCCAGAAUUUCAGAGGGGUUUGCUUGCAAGCUAAAAGAUCUUUGCAAAGGCUCAAAAAAUACGGUCUGCUUCAGACAGAGAGAGGGUUUGCAAUAUGCGAUGAAUCUCUCAGUCCCAUUAGAACCUUAAAGAUGAUGAUAGCUCACAUUUAAUGUAAUGAUUAAUGUGUACCAGGACCAUUCCAGGCACUUUUGCAUGUAGACAAAUAAUUCUCAGAUUACUUACUGAUUAAUAUCAUCAUCAUCUCUAUUUUACAAACGAGGAAACUGAGGCACAGAGAGGCUAAAUCACUUGCCCAGGAUCUGGAACCAAGUAAUGGUGAUGAUGCUAGUCAUACUGAUGCUUCCUUUUCUUUGCCGCACUCGGAUUCUGAGUUUCACAAGAAUGUACCUGGGUGCCCCUUAGCGGGAUAUGAAUAGCUUCUUCGGAACCCCAGCGGCCAGCUGGUGCCUCCUGGAAAGUGACGUCUCAUCUGCACCGGACAAGGAGGCGGGGAGGGAGCGCAGAGCACUCAGCGUCCAGCAGCGCGGCGGGGCAGCCUGGAGCGGAAGCCUGGAGUGGAGCAGGCAGUCCGCGGGGGACAGACGUCGGCUGGGAUUGAGCCGGCAGACUGCGAAAAGUAGCUGGAGCCGGAGCAGGGACAGAACCUGUUGCUGCAGACGGGCUUGGUGGAUUCUGGUUCCUGCCGCCGACAGGGCUCGCCGGGAGAGGUUCAUCAUGAAUGAGAAAUGGGACACAAACUCUUCAGAAAACUGGCAUCCCAUCUGGAAUGUCAAUGACACAAAGCAUCAUCUGUACUCAGAUAUUAAUAUUACCUAUGUGAACUACUAUCUUCACCAGCCUCAAGUGGCAGCAAUCUUCAUUAUUUCCUACUUUCUGAUCCUCUUUUUGUGCAUGAUGGGAAAUACUGUGGUUUGCUUUAUUGUAAUGAGGAACAAACAUAUGCACACAGUCACUAAUCUCUUCAUCUUAAACCUGGCCAUAAGUGAUUUACUAGUUGGCAUAUUCUGCAUGCCUAUAACACUGCUGGACAAUAUUAUAGCAGGAUGGCCAUUUGGAAACACGAUGUGCAAGAUCAGUGGAUUGGUCCAGGGAAUAUCUGUCGCAGCUUCAGUCUUUACGUUAGUUGCAAUUGCUGUAGAUAGGUUCCGGUGUGUGGUCUACCCUUUUAAACCAAAGCUCACUGUAAAGACAGCGUUUGUCAUUAUUAUGAUCAUCUGGGUCCUAGCCAUCACCAUUAUGUCUCCAUCUGCAGUAAUGUUACAUGUGCAAGAAGAAAAAUAUUACCGAGUGAGACUCAACUCCCAGAAUAAAACCAGUCCAGUCUACUGGUGCCGGGAAGAUUGGCCAAAUCAGGAAAUGAGGAAGAUCUACACCACUGUGCUGUUUGCCAACAUCUACCUGGCUCCCCUCUCCCUCAUUGUCAUCAUGUAUGGAAGGAUUGGAAUUUCACUCUUCAGGGCUGCAGUUCCUCACACAGGCAGGAAGAACCAGGAGCAGUGGCACGUGGUGUCCAGGAAGAAGCAGAAGGUCAUUAAGAUGCUCCUGAUUGUGGCCCUGCUUUUUAUUUUGUCAUGGCUGCCCCUGUGGACUCUAAUGAUGCUCUCAGACUACGCUGACCUUUCUCCAAAUGAACUGCAGAUCAUCAACAUCUACAUCUACCCUUUCGCACACUGGCUGGCAUUCGGCAACAGCAGUGUCAAUCCCAUCAUUUAUGGUUUCUUCAACGAGAAUUUCCGCCGUGGUUUCCAAGAAGCUUUCCAGCUCCACCUCUGCCAAAAAAGAGCAAAGCCUAUGGAAGCUUAUGCCCUAAAAGCUAAAAGCCAUGUGCUCAUAAACACAUCUAAUCAGCUUGUCCAGGAAUCUACAUUUCAAAACCCUCAUGAGGAAAACUUGCUUUGUAGGAAAAGUGCUGAAAAACCCCAACAGGAAUUAGUGAUGGAAGAAUUAAAAGAAACUACUAACAGCAGUGAGAUUUAAAAAGAGCUAGUGUGAUAAUCCUAACUCUACUAUGCAUUAUAUAUUUAAAUCGAUUGCUUUUUGUGGCUUUGCACUUCAAAUUUUUCAAAGAAUGUUCUAAAUAAAACAUUUACUGAAAGCCCUCUCUGGCAAAAAAACAAAAAUAAACAAAAAUGGUCAUAAGAUCAUAAACAAUCUUAUGUUGUAUAAAAAUACGUAGAGUGACUUAGACAUGUUUGCAUGAAUAAAUAUAUUUCUAGAGAACAGUUUACAAAGCCUCAUCUUUCCCAACUUAACCAUUUGUGUAUGCGUCAAAUCAAGCUUGCACGCGUGCGUGCAUGUGUGUGUGUGUAUUUUCCCCAAAUGGUGAUGAUGAGCAGUGCUUUGCAUGAAACUAGAUUUUAUCAAUUUCUCCUUUGAUUUUGGAUUUAAAAUUUUACAUUACAAGACUAUUACUCUGCUUAUGUUUAUAAACUGUACUUGGUUUUCUAAGAAAUACAUUCAAUCACAUGAAAUUCUCUGCUGUUGUUUUUCUCAUUUCCAUUACUUCAUUUCGGUUAAUCUACAAAGGCAAGAUAUUAUAGGUCCAUGGGUAAUUAUAUCACAGAGGCCCUCACUUCCUGUGUAUUAGAACUGUAGUAGCAAAUAAAGGGACACAUAUUUCUUUAUAUUUAAAAGUUGAUUUUUUAAAAAGAGUACAAAGGAGUUUUUGUUGGCUUUUUCAUAUUUUCAUAAGUGAAGUUUAUGCCCUAGUUGAACACACAUUUGUUACAGAGCUGAUUGAGGACCCCAACUUAACCCCUUUUUCUAACAGAAUCUCUGAUGUAAAGAAGCAAACCCUUUAAUAAUGCAGCAGUUAGCAGAAAAACGGCACCUUUCUUUGAAGUGUUUAAUCAUAGAUGUUUAACAAUUAUCAUGACUCUCACAUAGAGAGCAAGAACAAUUAUUUCAAAUCUUCUACUGAGCACAUUUAAAUCCAGCACCCUGGGUUUAGUAAAUUAGUAUUAUUGUUUAAAAAUGAAUUAACAACCCCUGGUUUCAGCUAUGUUAGAAUUAUCUAAUGAUAAUGGUUGUCAGCGUUAGCUUUUAUUCUAGGAUGAGGUAAAUCUCUAGAAAAUUGGAAAUUAUAACAAAAUAAACAGUUUGGCAAAUAAAAAUAAAUUUCUAGAAGUGAAGCUAUUUUACUUUUUUCAGUCAUUUUUGUGGUUCAAACUAAAAGCAUUUGCUAUGGUUUGGAUGUGGUUUGUCUCCAUCAAAACUCAUGGUAAAAUUUGAUUCCCAGUGUGGCAGUGUGGGAAGCUGGAACCUAGAGGGAGGUGAUCAGAUCAUGGGGGCACCACCCUCAUUAAUAGGUUAAUGUCAUUUCACAGGAGUGAGUUCUUACUCUUCUGAAACUGGAUUCAUUAUGGCAAAAGUGGGUUGUUGUAAAGCAAGAUUCUUCUCAUGUUUUGUCUCUUUGGACAUGCCUGCUCACUUUUCUGCUUCUCUGCCACGUUGUAACGUAGGACAUGGCCCUCACCAGAAGCCAAGCAGAUGCCAGUGCCAUGCUCUUAAACUUUCCAGUCACCACAAUUGUGAGCCAAAUAAACCUCUUUUCUUUGUAAAUUACAAAACCUCAGAAUUCCAUUAUAGCAACACUAAAUGGAAUAAAACUUUUCCACAUUCUAGUCUUUUGAGAAAUAAUUGUAGUUUUUUGCUUAUUUGUUUGUUUUUGUUUUUUUGGGUUUUUUUUUUUUUUUUUUACGAAGUCUCUCUCUGUUGCCUAGGUUGGAUAGGCUGGAGUGCAGUGGUGUGAUCUCUGCUGAAUGCAACCUCCACCUCCCAGGUUUAAGGAAUUCUCCUGCCUCAGCCUCCCCAGUAGCUGGGAUUACAGGUACGCACCACUGCACCUGGCUAAUUUUUGCUUUUUUUUGAGAUGGAGUCUCACUCUGUCGCCCAGGCUGGAGUGCAGUGACAUGAUCUCAGCUCACUGCAAGCUCCGCCUCCCAGGUUCACGCCAUUGUCCUGCCUCAGCAUCCCAAGUAGCUGGGACUACAGGCGCCCGCCACCACGCCUGGCUAAUUUUUUGUAUUUUUAGUAGAGACAGGGUUUCACCAUGUUAGCCAGGAUGGUCUCGAUCUCCUGACUGUGUGAUCAGCCCGCCUGGGCCUCCCAAAGUGCUGGGAUUACAGGCAUGAGUCACUGCACCUGGCCUAAUUUUUGCAUAUUUUUAGUAGAGACGGAGUUUCGCCAUGUUGGCCAGGCUGGUCUUGAACUCUUGAUUUCGGGUGAUCUACUCACCUCGGCCCCCCAAAGUGCUGGGACCAUAGGUGUGAGCCACCACACCCAGCCAAUUGUUGAGUUUUUAGUUGAAUUGAGCCAUGUGUUAUUUGAAUAUACAAGUGUUAUUUCCUACAAUUAUGAAGGGCAACUCUUAAAAGUUGUAGGUAUAGAAUUUGACCAUAUAUUCUUUUAUCUUGAUUUACUGAAAUACUAUUUACAGUCAGUGUACUCAGGCAUAGAAGAUUAUUUUGAUAUAGACUAUCACUUUCUUAUGGGCCUCCUCAGACAGAUCACAUUCUGUCAGCACUUGAAACUCAUUAUCACUAAAUUGCAUGUCCUCCCAUUCAUCUGCCUGCUUUUAUCACCUUCUAUUCCCUGUUUCAUCUUCCCUAAUGGUUACAAAACUCCCCUUACUGCAUCUUAUCCUGAUGUUCAGUCUUGCAUCUUUUAAUUAUUUCUAAAGUUGGCAAAGGCAUGUUCCUGAACUGGAGGACUAAUUUGCUUUCUUUCAUUAAUAAAUAGUUUGACAAAUAUAAGUAAGUCUCUGGGAGUCUAUCUAUUAUAUUUCUUAUAAUAGCUCUCUCUCUUUUUGUAAUAGGCUCUCUGCCUCUUAAAAGAUGUGCAUUUUAAAAGCCCACCAUGGACUGGCCCUCAUCUCCUGAUUAUAUCUCUGACACAAAUUGUUUUCAAAACUCAAGUCAGAAAUGGUCAGCCUAGAUUGUUGUGUUUUUCCUCAUUUAUUACUUAUUCACUGCUUUACUCCCUUAUUUGACUGUCUAUAUUUUGUCCAAGAUCUGUUAAAAAGCCACCUCUCUCAGAAGUCUGCAUUCUUACAGCAGAAAUUGUUAUUCUUUUCUAAGUACUAUGUACCUCUUAUAUAUGACAACCUAACUUGUAAUUGCUUUGUCUUGUGCUUGCAACUAGAAUAUAAAUUUCUUAAGGGCAUAAUGAAUUAGGCCUUUCUCAUCUUUAGAUCCCCUACAGUGUGGAUCACAGUAAUAGGCAGUAAAUACAUAUAUGCUAGAUAAUUGCCACAGGCAAAAACCAUCUGUCAUGUUGCUUAAGAGGAAUGUCUAAUUCUGAACAAGUAGAAUUUUGCAUAGAGAUUCUAGUAUACCUGUUACAGACAAAGGAGAGCUUUUCUAUGAAUUCAAACAACAAAAUAACAGAUAAAGAAAGCUAAAAUGUCUUGAACAUGCAUAGUCACUAAGAUUUAGGUUAUAUAGUCAUAUAUGAUUUGCUACCUAAUAGCUUAGUGCUUUGUACAAACAAAUUUCCUAUGCCUGAAUUUUCUUAUCUGUAAUAUGGGAAUAACAAUAGCUCCUUCCUCCUGGUCUGCUGUGAGUAUUAAAUGAUGGGGGGAAGUUUGUAUAAUAAAAAGCAGAGAAACUAUAACUUAGCAAAGGCUAAAUGAUUGUUGCUGUCUCGAUGAUAGUGAAAAGUAUUAAUAGGAGUAGUAGUUAUAAUAGUCUCAAGCCCAUGCUAGGUUAUAUUUUACAUGUUUGAUAACCCUCACUAGAGCACUCCAAGGUAUGUAUUAUUCCCAUUUUACAGAUGAGAGUACCAAGUCUAAGAGAAGCUGGUUUACUCAAAGUCAUGAAGCUUGAAAGUAGUACAAACAAGUUUGUAACUCAGAAACAUAUAAUUCCAAAACGUUAUUUUUUCCUUCUAUAUCAUAUCAUCUGUGUGUUAUGAUGAACUUAUUUUGGACUACCUCUUAACCACUUCUUCAAUCACCAUUUUUCUGAUUGUAAAAUAAUACCUGGGCUACUUGUAGAAUUUGUGAGAAACACAGAAUAGUACAAAGAAGAGAAUAAAAUUACACAUAAUCCCUCUAGCAAGAAGAAAAAAAACACACUGAAAACACAUAUUUCAACUAACACUUACUUCAGCACCCUGUAUAUAAAAUUUGCCAAUAGUGAUUAUUUCCUAAAGUAGAUUCCUAGCAGGAAAAUUACUAGAAAGAGCAUUUUUGUAAUACUUUUGAUAUGUACCUUGUUAUUUUUAAAACUAUUAAUAUAAAAUUCCAGUUUUGUGGCUGAUCAUCUCACAGUAUCCUUAACACGUUAAGUUUUUCUUCAACUUUGCUACUUUUAUAUGUGAAAAAUCAGUUAAAUUUGUUUUGAUUACUAGUGUAGUUGAACAUUGCUCUGUUUCUUACUAAUUUAUAUUUCUUCCUCUUCCUAUUCUUUGGCCAUUUUCCCUGUGUAUUUUUUGUUUCCUUUUGUAUUUUUAUUCAUUGCUACACAUUUUUGUAUUUAAGGCAUAGCAUCUUCAAUAAAAGGCAGAACAAUCUUUUUAAAAAACAAGUUAGAUGUCACUUUCUCAUUUCAAAGCCAUCAAUAGUUUCCUUUCAAAUUAGGAAAGAAACAAACUCCUAGGCUUACAUACAUUUACCUUUUCUGCCCUUGCCUACCUCUUAACCUCAUCUUGAACUCAAUACUCAUCAUUCACACAGACUGUCUGUCUCUUCCUCUGACAUCGGCCAAGCCCUUUGCUGCUUCUGUGUUGUGCACCUGUGUUCUUCCUGCCAGGAAUGUCCUCCCCAUUUACCUUCACAUAUCGGCUCCCCCUUAGCCUUCAGUGUUCAACUGAAACCCCACCUGAGCCUUGCCUAUUUCCUGCAUAGCUCUUCUAAUUAUCUGCAAUAAUCUUCAAAAUUUAUUGAAUUACUUGUUUAAUAUCUAUCCCCUACCAAGAAGCAAAAUCCAUAAAGGCAAAGAUUUUUGUCUUGUUUAUCAUUGUAUCAUUCAGUGUCUAAGAGAGUGUGUGGCUCAUAAUGGACACAUGAUAAAUAUUUGAGCAAAUUAACUGGUUGCAAAUAUUACCAGUUUUUAAUUUUCAUUAAAUUUAUUUAUGAAUAUGUGUUAUUUUAUUUUUAAAUAUUGAAAUAAUUCAGAACAUAAUAGAAACAUUAAGUAAUAUACAAAAGCAGAUGAAAUAAAAUAAAGUAAAAUAAAAUAAAAUCAUUAUUCUGCUGUCACUUACUGAUAAUCAUUCUUGCUGUCAUUUGUGGGCAAGGGUACAUGCUUUCUUUCACUAUGAUUCUGAGGCAUAUACUUUAUUACCUUUUUAUGUAACUUAGUGUAUCAAGGACAUGUUUUAUGUUGUUUAGUAGUCAUCAAAAUAUUUUAUUUUCAUUCCACUUCCAUUAUUUAUUGAGUUUCUUCCCUGUACCUGGAAAUAUAAAUUAUUUCUUACAUUUUAUAAAAUGAUACAGUUAUUUACACCUUGUAAAAUACUGGGCAUAUUUAUAAUCAUCUUUAUCGGGGAACCUGCCCCGAUAUUCAUGUAGGUUCUUUUCUAUUUUCCUUAAGCGUCGGCCAGCUUGAGAAAUAAAGGGACAGAGUACAAAAGAGAGAAUUUUUAAAGCUGGGCAUCUCAGGGAGACAUCACAUGUCGGUAGGUUCCGUGAUGCCCCACAAGCUGCAAAAACCAGCAAGUUUUUAUUAGGGAGUUUCAAAAGGGGAGGGAGUGUGCGAAUAGGUGUGGGUCACAGACAUCAAGUACUUUACAAGGUAAUAGAAUAUCACAAGGCAAGUGGAGGCAGGGUGAGAUCACAGGACCACAGGACGGGGUGAAAUUAAAAUUGCUAAUGAAGUUUUGGGCACCAUUGUUAUUGAUAACAUCUUAUCAGGAGACAGGGUUUUGAGAUCAACCGGUCUGACCAAAAUUUAUUAGGCGGGAAUUUCCUCUUCCUAAUAAGCCUGGGAGCGCUAUGGGAGACUGGAGUCUAUUUCACCUCUGCAGUCUCGACCUUCACAGACAGGCGCACCUGGGGGGGGGCUGUUUAUAAGCCUAUACCUCCAGGCACGUAUUCUCUUUCUCAGGGAUGUUCCAUGCUGAGAAAAAGAAUUCAGCGAUAUUUCUCCCAUUUGCUUUUGAAAGAAGAGAAAUAUGGCUCUGUUCUGCUUGGCUCACCGGUGGUGAGAGUUUAAGGUUAUCUCUCUUAUUCCCUGAACUAUUGCUGUUAUCCUGUUCUUUUUCCAAGGUGCCCACAUUUCAUAUUGCUCAAACACACAUGCUGUACAAUUUGUGCAGUUAAUGCAAUUAUUACAGGGUCCUGAGGCAAUAUACAUCCUCCUCAGCUGACAAGAUUAAGAGAUUAAAGUAAAGACAGGCAUAGGAAAUCACAAGGGUAUUGAUUGGGGAAGUGAUAAGUGUCCAUGAAAUCUUUACAAUUUAUGUUUAGAGAUUGCAGUAAAGACAGGCAUAAGAAAUUACAAAAGUAUUAAUUUGGGGAACUAAUAAAUGUCCAUGAAAUCUUCACAAUCCACAUUCUUCUGCCAUGGCUUCAGCCAGUCACUCCGUUUGGGGUCCCUGACUUCCCACGACACAUCUUAGAACAGACUUCCAAGAAAUUCAAUUACUUGGCCAAAAAUGCAUGUACAUUUCUUACUGUUUUAAUGCAGAUUGUCAAAUAUUUCUUGGAAAGAUUUUUAACAUUUAAUACCUCACUUAGUGAUGUAAAACUUUGUUCACUCACUUACUCUCAAAUACUACGCAUUCCAUAAAACUAGUUGUUUUGCCAAUUUGAUAAGAAAGAACUUGUAUCCCCAUGUGUAUUGCUACACAAUUGAACAUUAAAAAAUAUUCUACAUUUAAUUUGAUUCAUUUGUAUUCAUUUGUCUUCACUUGUAUUCAUUUGCAUUUCCACCUUAGUCAAUUCCCUCUUCAUGGUUUUUGCCCUCAUCUCCAUUUAUUUUUCUUAGCAACUUGUAAACACACUCUCUAAUUCAAGAUAUUAAUCUUUGAGUAGCAGGCAGAUAGCUACAUUUUCCCUUAUUCAACAUGCACCUGUGUGCACAUGUAUGCAUACAGAUAUGAGGGUAAAGACCUCAGCCUUGAAAGAGUUUUUUUUUUAAGUGACUUAAAGAAGAUAGAUAAUUAUAUCUCUCUCAUAAAAUUAUACCUGAUGGGAGUGGUCUAGUUUAGCAUAGCAUUUAUUUAGAAACCCAGAUUCCUUCCUUCUGACUGCUAAAGAGCAGGAAUCAGCAAACUACCCUCAAAUCUGGCCCUCCACCACAUUUUAGCAGGUACAAUCUUAUUAGAACACAGCUCUGCCCAUUUUAUUUAUAGAUUGUCUAUAGCUGCUUUUGUGCUAGAAUAGAAGAUCUGAGUAAUUGACACAGAGACCAUCCAGUUGACAAAGCCUAAAAUAUUUACUAUCUGAAUAAUUAUGGAAAACUAGUUAAUUUCUCCACAGAGUUUUGUUCUUGUCUCCAUGGUCACAACUAACCAAUAGGCACAUCCAUGUAUAAGAACAUGGGGAGGGAAAGGAAGAGCUCUAGGGCAGGUAGUGGGUCUUUAAAUUGUGGAAAACCUGGAAAGCAUACAAGUCAUUGCUGCUUAUAUACAGUUAGCCAAAUGUACUCACAUAGCCACGCCAAUCUUCAAGGACAGCUGGGACCCACUACUAGGGCAGGUAGUCGGUCUUUAAAUUGUGGAAAACCUGGAAAGUAUACAAAUCACUGUUGUUUAUAUACAGUUAGCGAAAUUUACUCACAUAGCCACGCCAAUCUUCAAGGACAGCUGGGAAAUGUAGUCUUCAGGUAAGCAGCCAUGUGCCCAGUCUAAAUUCUACUACUAUAGAAAAAAGAGAGAACAGAUUGUUUACAUUUUUACAUUAUCAAAUAUACUAUUUUUUAUUUUUGAAAUCAUUUUUUAAUUUUGAUUUUAGAAAGUACUUUCAAGUCUUUACACAAGACAUUUGCUUUCUGUGGUAGGUAAAAUAAUAGUUUCCUCCCUUCUAAGAUAUCCAUGUCUAAAUCCCUGGCAUUUCUAAGUAUGUUACUGUAUUUGACAAAAGAAACUUCGCAGAUGUACUUAAGCUAAGAAUCUAGAAAUGAAAAAAUCAUUCUGGAUUAUUUAGGUAGACCCAACAUAAUCAUAAGGGUACUUCUAAGCAGAAGAAAGAUACAGAAGGGAGAGGCAAAAGAAACUCUGACUAUAACAGAGAUCAGAGUGGCACAAUUUGAGAAAAAUUGAAACCUGUCUUUGAAUGUGUGGGAAAGGGACAUGACUCAAGGAAUGUCAUGAGUGGCCUCUAGAGAUGGAAAAGGCAAGGAAAUGCGUUUUUCCUCUAGAGCUUCCAGAAAGAAAUACAGCCCUGAUGAUGACUUGAUUUUAGCCCAGUAAGGCCUAUGUUGCACUUAUAACCUAUGGGACUGUAAGAAUAUAUAUUUGUGUUGUUUUGACACACUAAGUUUGUGGUAAUUUGUUGUGGCCAUAAUAGAAAAUGAAUGCAGGCCCUGGUGCCUGGAAGUGAGAAGCCACAGUGACAAUAAGUAGGUGUAAGUGGCUUGAAAUAUGGCAAUGAAGAGGGUUUGGAAGAAUUCUGAGGAUCCUGAUAGACUAAGCCUAGAUCUUUUUGAAUGGGCUGUUGGUAAAAAUAUGGAUAUUAGCAAUUCUGUUAGUGAAAACUGAGAAAGAAAUAAGAACCAGGAGAGAGAGAAACAUUUAUCACUUUAGAGAAUGCCUACAUUGUCAUGAAAAGACUCUUAGUAGAAAAGUGGAUGUUUAAGGCACUGCUUGUACAGACUCAGAAGGAAAUGAGGGGCAUGUUAGGGAAAUUUGAGGAAAGGAGAGCCUUGUUAUAUAGUGGCAGAGGUUUCAUAGAAUUAGGUCUUGUCAUUUUGUGGAAAUUAGAACUUGGAUAUUUAGCUGAGAAAAUUUUUGAGCAAAAUAUUGUAGGCAUGGCUUGGUUGCUUCUUGUUGAUUAUAGUAAAAUUCAAGAGGAAAUAAAUUAAGGGAAGAAUGGUCUUUAAUAAAAGAAAACAUGUUUUGAUAGUUUGAGAACUUCAAAGACUAUUUGGAUUGCAAAAAAUGAAAUUAAGGGAGUCAUUGUCAGAAAAGUAUGCUAUAUGAAAAAAAUCCAGGGUAUGUUUGGAUAAUCUUUUGCUAAAUUUCAGAAAAACAAAAGAUCAGAGUAUUCAGAGAGUAAGCAUGUGACUCAUAGAUACCCUUAGCCAUCUCAGCAGAAGCCAAAAAUGGAAAUGGGAUUAUCUUUGAAAAAUCUGUUGAGGAUCCUCUUGUGUAAUAGAAUUUAAUCUGUUGCCUACAUAGGAGACCCACCAAGUUUUUGAGAAUGUUAUAUCAGCAGAAAACACUACCUGAUUAAACUAAAAAUGACUGAGAGGGGAUGACAUGAAAGAAGGCUCUAAAAUUCCCAAAAUUCUAUAGGCAAAAAACAAGCUGGUAAAACUCUUCAACUGUAAAAGGUGAUACCUUUCAUGAAUAAGGGAAGAUGACAAUAAGGACAGAGUUGAAAACUCAAAAGGCAAAGCCAUGAGCCCACAUAAAAGAGCUAAGAGCUUAGAGGGCAGAGCCAAGAGCUCAGAGGGAAUCAAAACCACAAGCCACAGAAGAUUAUUCCUAGGGCUUAGAACCUAAGGGAAUCUGCAUCACUGGAUUUAAAAAAAUAUUUGGGAUUGGUGACUCCUAUUUUUCCUUCCAUUUUCUCUCCUUUUGAGAAGGAACGCCUGUAAAUGUUAUCCUAUGCCAGCCCUACUAUUGUAUUUUAGAAGCAGGUAACCUGCUUGUUUGGUUUAUAGGUCCACAGAUGGAGAGGAAUUGUGCCAACUAAGUGCCACUAAGUUUGUGAUCAUUUUUUUUAUGGGAGAAAUAUAAAAAGAAUACACUUCAUCUUCUUUUUUAAAAAAUCAGUUAUUUGAUUUGUUUGAAGUGUACAUUUUUGUAAGGAAAAAUAUUUUCUAUACUUUUUAAUAGGUUCUUUCAUUCAAUGAUAUCUCUGCCUGGCUUGCGUUAUAACUAGUUAAGGAAUUCUAGUUUGAAUCUGCCUUCUGUCUUAGGUAACAUUUACCAAGCAUCCAGUGACAGCCGCUCCACCUGGUGGUCGCUUGUACUUCUCCCAUGCUUAGGGAUUGUGCUGUAGUGCAUUUCUUUUCUCUGGAUAGUGAAUGAUGGUGGUUAGUGGAGCAUGGAUUAUACCACAUACACAUUAAACAUAUGUCCAAUUCAGCAAACAAGACAUUAAAAAUACAUACAUUAAAAAAUCCAAAGAUUCAGCUUGAAUGAAUUUACAUAGAAAGUUACAAUUUGAAGACUAUAAGAAGCUGCAUGAAUUUCAGAAUAGGAAUGUUUUAUGUUUUAUAGUUGCUGAUUAUAAUAUAGAAAGAGGAUAAUCAUGGUCUUUCCAGUGGCUAAUGCCUCACAUGGCCCACAGUUAUGGUAGUGUGGCAGUUAAAACAAAAGAUACCAGAGCAGGAAGAGAGGUUCCAAUCAAGGAUUCAUUGCUUGUUAUCAGUUGCAUGAUUAUGGGCAAGGUAAUUAAACCUUCUGUGCAUCAGUGUCCUCAUUUGUAAAAUGAGGUGAUAAUAUUACCUAUUUGCAAAAUUGUUCUUAAAUGAGUCACAUAAAGCAUUUGAAACUGCUUGCUCUUCAUAUAAUUAUGUCUGCAAUUGCACAUACCACAUAUUCAGGUAGGAAAAGCCAAAUUUAAAAAUAUUGAAUAAAAAAGAAAGUCAAGAAAGUUUCUUCACCUGAUAAAUUAGCCCUGAGUAGUGACUUUGUGUAAGCUUUCACCAGUUACAGAGUCAUUGUUACAGAAGAUGACAUAUAUGUAGCAUACAAAUACUAAUUAAGGUUAAAAUGGAAAAAAUUAAUAAUGGUGAAAAUCUCAAUCCUGCAGGAAUGAGAGUGGACUAAUAAUGGACUAUGUAUCAUUGCUUAAUAUAUAUCAAAUGCUUUUUUUCAUUUAUUGCUUUCCUUUUUUAUACUGUGGGCUUUUGAGGAAAAAUAAUCUAUUUUUAAAUCUUUGUAUCUUUAGCACUUAGCAUAUUGCCUUAGAGAUGUAAGUGAAUAAUCAUUGAUUUUGAGUAAAUUGAAUGUCAGAACAAGUGUUGUAACUUAUGAACUUGUUACUCUAAUAUCUGCAUUGCCUCUUGGAUAAAACAUUAUGAUCUGUGAUUGUGGACUGGAAUAAAAUAAAUAAAA